UGCCUGCCAUCUUCGCAACGUGCAUCACCGCUGCGGACAAACAGAGCUUUAAGCCACAACAACAAUCGCAAAUUAAGUGCUGACAGCAAUUAACAGCAGGAAACCCCUUACACAAUUCCAAGUGCAUUAAUAAUACUGAAAGAAACGACGACACUCCGAAGACAACAUCGACAGGCAUAAACAACUCAGAGUAAAGUUGCGUUUUUUCCUAGGGAAAGUCGGCCGACGCCGCCUUUCAAAGACAGAAGUGCGCCGAACAAAGAAGACGAUAUCACUGUGCAAGGAACUGCAGUUCGAGCGUUCACUUUUGUGGACGAGUUCGUGACAGGCGGAACUGAAAAGUUGUUUGAUAGGUACUUUUGAUAGUGAGCAAGUAGCGACUUUUAAGCGGAUAUUACGUAGCACUUGUUAAAGUGGAUGCAGUUGCGGCCUUUGGAACGACAAGAAGUUGGCAAUAAAUUCGCAAUUUUAUUGAACAGUCAGUUGUUGAAGUUCUUGUAAGUUAGUGGUGUUGCAGUGUAGCAGUACGGCGGGAGUAACUUUGGCUAAGUUAGUGCGUGUUUGGUGUGGGUGGUGUCGAAUAAAGAUGGGCAAAAAGAACUCCAAGCUCAAGAAAGAACUCAUCAAGGAGCUUGUCAACGACACCUACUUCACUGAGAAAGAGAUUCGCCAAUGGCAUAAGGGUUUCGUGAAGGAUUGCCCUUCAGGUCAUCUUACCGAGCAAGGCUUUCUUCGGAUCUACAAGUUGUUCUUCCCCAAGGGAGAUCCUUCAAAAUUCACAUCGCUUAUCUUCCGCGUAUUUGACGAGAAUAAGGAUGGAGCUAUAGAGUUCGAAGAGUUUAUCCGCGCGCUAUCAGUAACUUCGCGGGGAAACGUUGAAGAAAAACUCGAUUGGGCGUUCCGACUGUACGACGUAGACAGCGAUGGUUACAUUACACGGGAAGAAAUGUACAAUAUAGUCGACGCGAUUUACCAAAUGUUGGGCAGCGGAGCGGGUGGGGAGGACGAGAGCCCCCGGGAGCGAGUCGAUAAGAUAUUUGAACAGCUCGAUAAGAACCACGACAACCAAUUAACGCUGGACGAGUUUAAGGAAGGCUCACGACAAGAUCCGAAGAUUGUACAGGCGCUUUCCCUGUAUUCGGCCUAGAGGCACAGUGAACGUGUGUGCUAGGCUACUUCGAUUUUCUACGAUAAGCAGUACUACGACCGCUUUUGCUGUUCGACAACAACAGCAUAAACCGUGAUACCGGGCUGACGCUUCCGACACCGAUCAAAGCGACAACUUACAUAGCAAUAGUAUUUACAGAACCGCGAAUUACAACACAGAUCUCACUUACAUCAAAACAAUAGGUGGGCAAAAACAUAAAUUUGGGCAGUGCAGACAAACAAUUGCAGAUACACCGUACGCGUCGAUUUACCAAUGAUACUUCGCUAUUAUUUAUGAUACCAAAGCAAAGUCAUGAAAUAUCAAUCAAGUCGAAGCUAUAAAAAUACGAUCGAUCCGUUAGAUCGAAUCGGUGCGGAUGAUUUUUUUUCCGAUGCGACGACCAAACUAUCUAAAAGGAUCUUAAUGCUGACCAAACGAGGAUUGGCCAUCUAUUGUAUUUUAGUAACUGUAAAACGUUGAUCUCGGUCACGCUGUCAAACUUUUAACAUACAUAUGUGCAAGGAUAAUUGUCAUAUCAAAAUGAUCACUUCAGUUUGAAUAGGCCUUAAUCACCCAUCCUAUUUACCUAAAGUGUAAUGUUUGCCUUCGCUACGAUCCAUCAGAGUGUUUAUUUAAGGCACUAUUUGGCACAUGUGCGUGUAUAUGUAGCGUAGCUGAGUGUGAGUUAUAGUAGACAUCGGACGCUAUCCGAAUCUGAGGCACUUCUACGUUCCUCUAGCUAAUGGUAUGUGUCACAUACUAGCUUCGUCGUUAAGUUUCUUUUGAAAAAAAUAAGCAAAUUUUAGGUGUCUAGUUCACUGACUUUGUCAUUUGGCGAUACUGGAAUAAGAAGCGUCACGAGCAAAUAGUCUGCAGUGACCUCAACGGUCGUUGCGUUGUUAGGGCGGCGAGUAGCAGUGAUAGUUACUUGCCGAUGGAAGCUAUUCAGUCCUUACCCCGCGGACCCACUUCUGAAUGCACGUGCCGAAGCCAAAAUGUCCUUGAAUAAAGCCAGCUGAUUCAUCUAAUCAGUAACAACGGAAACAGAUAGAUUGUGUCGAUGUCAGAUGGCCUCUGCUAAUAUUCAGUCACUUUCACGUAUGAAUUAUGCCUUCUAUACUGAACCAGAACUACAGUCGGCCGCCAUUUUCCAUUACGUGAUCAGGUAACGGUUGGUGUGCAAUUACUAUUAACAUGAUUCUUUUUUACUUCACCACAAACAACUUUGGCGACGACUAAAAAUAUGUUUCAUUCGAGCUGAAGUAGUUAAAAUACACCUCAAUACAUUUUCCAUAAUGGUAAUAUGGUAAGAUUAUUAUUAGAUUUUUUCAACUUGGGCCACUCUUCUAAUAUUAUACAAUUCGAAGAAGUGAGAAAUGAGUGUAUUAGCAAAAAAAUAGCGAAACCAAUGGAAGGGCUGAUCGAAACGGAUCUCCCAAUAUUGAGAUUAUCGGCUUCGCUAUCAUCUCAGGCGCACAACUCAGAUCGUCUACACUCAUUCUUCAUAUUACUUCACAACGUGCACGUAAGCAUGUUUAUCCAAUCGGUUUGAAGGUUGUAUUUACUGCCGAAAGGCGGACAAUGGUUUUGUUUGUUUAUGCCGGAAUCUUUUCCUGCAGAACGAUUUCAGCUGUUCCUAUGUAUUCAGCCGUUUCGUCAGCAUCAUCGCCUAAACGUUGACACCAACAACGACGACGAUAACGUCUGCAGGAUCGGGGUGUUAAAAAAAUGACUCACGCCGACGAGUACGAAAAACGGGUUAGAAGAAAAAUUAGGCGAUACAUGAUCUUCUCGCUGAUGGCUCAAAGAUGCAGAAAAUUAAUGAGUGUGUAGAACAACACUGAGCUACGAUGGUAAGACAUGGAAAUUACGGGUGUGAACCUACUAAUUGGGCAGCUGCCAGCUGGGAGCGGUUGACUCUGCACUGUAAACUGAUGAAGCCAAGUGAAGAAAAAUCCAACAGGUCGCUCUUCGCUUCCCCAUUUUCUACUCUACUGAAGUUGAGGGGCCGAACGUUCGGUAUUAGGGGUUCAAAAAUGUUUUUGAAGGCGUAAAUGACACGUGAGUUGCAUUUGACGUUUGAUGAUGUUGAGGUAUAUGCACUCUGGUGCGCUACUUUUUAGCGGCCCAAGAUCCCACUUGAUGCUGGCACGUGUCAUUUUUGUCAUUUCUCGUUUAUAUUACCUUGCGUAAGGCUUUAAUUAUUGCGUAAUAUUGUCUGGGCAUAAAUUUAAACGUAAUAGCUAGAUAGCGCAGUAUAAAUGUAAGCAAAAACUCCGUAUUGCCGCACACGUAAAUAUUUUCAUCCUACCAUAUAGAUAUAUUCUAAACGUUACUUACCGGUAUUUGACUACUAUGUCAGAAAGAAUAGACAUAUUAUACACAAGUCUUAAAUGCGAUGUUUAAUAUGUAAACAGGGCAAAAACAGAAUAGGAAGAGGAUAUUAACAAAAACGAUGGCAUUGACAAAUGGAUUCGCUACUCGGCAAAUAAAAAGCGGAUCAAUUGUAAAUGAUCAAUGUCUAACUAAAGAGUACGGCAAAGGCAACCGAUCCAAACAUUGCCAUUUAUCUAAAGCUCUCCUUAUUGUUAACCUAUCCAAAAAACUGACAUUGGCAUACUUUUUAUGGUCAAAAAAAAGUAUCUAAUUCAUCGGUAGAUAGCCAACCAUUGUACUGGUGCCGCUGUCUUUCUGAUUACGGAUGCUAGCGCCAGCUUUGUCCUGCUAGACCGCGAUUCUGACCGAGGGGUCCUAACCGGCAGAAGAUGGACGUGCAGAUAUCCGCCAACUGUUCAGUGAGAGAUCUUAAGUAAGCACAGCAUGAUUGAGGAUAUAAUAUUGAAGUGACUCCAAGGUACUGCGAUCGUUAGGGCUAAGUCGAGGACGGCUGAGGUUUACAGCAAACGUAAUCGUUCGAAAACCUCAAAUGAAGGUGAUCACAACAAUUGGUGACUAAUUGAGCAUGGUCAAGCUAACCAGAUGUGGCCACAGUAAGAGGUAGCAGGGCGACAUAAUUAACAUGCAGAAACAAUAUGACAUUAAUAAAAAUUGAAUUUUCCAGAUUGUGUUAGCAUUUUGAAUGUUGUGUGAAUAAUCAAGCAAGAUGAUCCGUUCGAGAUGACCACAAUUGAUGAAUUUUUUUUUCAAGCAUAAAGGAUGUAUCAUUGCCUUAGUCGCUAUGAAGAUACCCACAUAUAUAGAAAGAUACCCAUAUGCCCAUACGCAUACGCAUGUGCCCAUUAUAUGUCUACGACAUAAUGUAAUGAUUAUAUUAGUCGAUUUCGUUCAUUCUAUGGCGCAUCCUAUGCUUUGAAGGGUCCCGAACAUUGUUAUCCAGCAGAAGAGUAUUUAUUACCUCUAUCAUACACGUAUGAUGUGCAUGCAGGGAUUUCGUAGGUUGUGGCACGAUUGUGGCACUUACGUAGUAACCGGCUGAGGAGAUCGCAUUCACAUCAAAAUGUCGUUACCAUUCCGGUAUUACACUACGGUAACAUAUGUGUUUUCAUAACCACCAUUAUUUUUACGAUCUUCUCAAGCAACAAUAUCAUGCUUACAUACAUAGUGUUUCAAAAACUAUAUAUACAUACACUUGUUGAUAUUGAUGGUCGAUUCGUACAUAGCCGUUUCGUCUGCUAGGUGACAACACUUCAUCGGGCAAAAACGUAGCCUAUCAUAUACUCGAGUGUACUAUGGUAUCAGCAAAUGAACCCCCUGAGAACUGGUCGAAUACAAGCGGCCGCAAUCAUAGUAUAGCGUACAUAUCUAAAACCGGCAAUGCACGAAGCCAAUUAAGAGAAAUCUCCCUCCUUAAUUGAUAUACUCACGAGAAGAACACUAAGGAUAAAAAAAAAUCGACUCUAUCGUUCUAACGGUAAUCUAAACAUAUUUCCCUAACUGAACAAUACUAUUAUCUGAUGAUGACCGGACACGAGAAUCGAUGUGAUUCUGAAAAUAGGAUAUAUGUUAAUCUUCGCGUCAUAAGAGAGAGGACAUGGACGCUGUAGGAGACCGCGAAGAAGAACGAAUAUUGACAAUGGCGAGCGACAGAGCAGAACAACUUAGUAAAGGCCAUUUGAGCUAAUGGAGCAUCAAUUCGAUUUAUGUACGAGAACAUUUUGACUAAAUCGCGCUCGACACAAAGCCAUAUUCAUAACAGGAACCAGAAUUGUAAGGGGCCAAUGCACGUACUGACGAUAUUGGCUACCGUAGUAAAGUUGCGCUACUACCAAUGUUGUUGUUCAGCUAGCAUUUAGUAAAUAGCUCAGUCCUAAGUUCCAUGUUUUUCGUAUGUUGUUAUCACGCAACAAUAAUCAAUUGAGGAUCCAAAUCACCAUGAUGUCGAGAAAAUAUGACAGGAUGAAAACUUUCAACCACGAUAUCACGACGGUCAACCGAAAAGCCUUACGAGGACCAAGUCGUAUAAAUAUAAAAACAACUGUCGCGUUGCAUCAUACCGCGUCAUAUCAUAGACGAGACCGUAAAAAUUAUAGCGAGUAACAUCGUAUAAAGGCCGCAUGACACUGGUAGCGUGACGCAUCAGCUCACAGUCAACAAUCACCGUAAAAACUGAAUACAAGUAUCCCUAACCUGCUACGAAACAUAGGUCAAAAAUAGGGUCGAAUAAAAAUAGGCGCAAAAUAUAACAGAUUAAAAAAAAGCCACUGAUUACGAGCGUAAUGAAAUCGUAGCACUUACUGAUUACGUACAAACGUACGCCGGAGUGGAACUGCCAUGGUCGGUCCAAAGCUGUAAAUUUGAGCGACAGUGGCGACGGUAACAAUAACAUCAUUCGAAACGAAAAAAAGCUUGUUAUCACAACAAAGUUUUGUCAAGGCCAAAAUGCUGCAUCAGAGCAAUGAUAUCCAUGAAAUGCUAUCUCGCUUGUAGCGUCUCUAUUCAGCAUUCGCUACUCCUCAGAUACGUUUUUAAUUCGGUAAGAGGGUCGGUUUUACCCCCCCCCCCCCCCGCUAUUAACUGUCUGCUCAUAGCUUGGAAAUGAUGUUGACACAUUUAUCUAAAAUGCCUUCUAUACGAACGACUGGCUUCAAGUUAUCCGAGGUAGCGGUGCAAUGAAAUUUCUACAUUUAAUCUCGAUAACUAGAAUGAGCGUAAGCAACUCAUCUUCAUAUCUCUGUAAAAGAGGGAAGGGACAAAUACGCUGAGCUGACAGCAGUACAAGAAAAAGGAACAAAUAACAAUAAAAACAUCGAACUAUCACUAUAGCAGCAUUUCGAAACAGAGACAAACGGUAAGUCACCUCGUUUGGGUCAGUCGAUGGCAUGCGAAAAUGGCUGGAAAUCGCCGAACGCGUCUUUCCAAUUCUAUUUUCAGGAGGAAAAAAUUCAGUGUGGUGCGCCUAGGCAGUAAGGAAGCGUGCGUUUAAAAAAAUAUAUACAUAAGCAAAUAGAUUAUUUAGACGGAGAAAACAUGUUUAUACUACGUCAUGAAGUGUCAUAAAACAAUAUCGCGGCGAUCGUGCUAAACAGAAAACAAACAAAAUUAUCAUCGACAGCCAUAAGAAUUAAACCAAUACGGCUAUAAUAAAAAUUAUUUUUAAUAUUAUGAUUGUUAUUACAAUUAAUGCUAUAGUUAAGCAAUGUCUAUGACGACGGUGUACCAGAUGCGGUGACGUCCUGCAAGAGAGGAUGACGGCGCAUGACAAACAUUCAACGAGCAGGAAUUAAAGGUUCUUUCGUCGAUCGGGGAAAGGCGAAACGAGAUGGUGAGAAAACAAAGUGGAAAUACCGACUAUUUUGCGGCGAACCGUUAAGGUUUGCCAUUAUUAUAAUCGUACGAUUAUUUAUAUAAUAUAAUUAUUAUCAUU